AUGGUCGACACGAAUUCCAUGAAAAAGACGUUCAUGAACACAGCUUUCUCGGCUUGCGAUAUAACAGAGACAUUUAUCAAAGUUUACGCUCCCUACCAAACUAAAAAUCCGAUUGUGGCGGCAACAUAUGAAAGUCUCAAGGCUAGUCUAUCGUAUUUCCAUGUGUUCGAGACGGGCAAGCCAUUUGAGGGAUUUACCUUACCAGGUGCCGAUGACAAUUCUAUUAAGCGAGUCAGAAUCCUGGCCGCCAUGGCCAGGGUCCAAAUCGGUAUUGACGGAUAUCAACAAAAUGAGCGUAACUUGAGCACUUACCUGGUGCUCAAUGCAAAACUGCUAGAAGAAUAUUGGUGCAGCCUGGAAACUCUGCGUGUGAUAUCAUUGAACCUGAAUGAUUUGAAGAUGGGUUUCGAUAUGGCCUCAGAGGCAAUUAGGAUCGACGAGGCUUCUCUAGAAACAGCGGGGAGUGAGAAUUCUACUGAGGCUUUCGAUAUUGUCCCGCACAAAGCCCAACACAGAUAUCUUCGGCCAUUGUGGUAUCACUACAGAGAGCUAGAGAAGUCGAAAAGAAAAGUCUCGGAUUAUAUACGAAGCGAUAUCUCCGUUCAGGGAUCAGAAGAACAGGAUCUGAACCCUGAUUCUGACAGCGAUAUCCCGAAAGGGGACAGUACACAGCCUCCAGCACCAAUAAUGAGCGAUUAUGGGGAGAGCUCGGGAUCUUCAAACAAGCAGGACCAUUUCUUUCUGCCAGAUAAUCUUCUGUCGGAAAUGGAGGUUCUGUCUGGAAUGGGGGACCAGGGGACCCAGCGUGACCGAGACGCAGCGCCCAGAGCGCCUCCUUAUUGA